AAAACUGUAGUGUUGUGGGGAAGAUAUAUUCAGACGGACAGCGUUUGUUUCCUCUUGUCCGUGAAGAUAUUACAGCCCGUCAACAAACAGCACCCACAUGCUGAGCCGCAAAUCGUACUAGAACAUAAAUGUAUGAAAUAGCAUCAUUUUGCGACAGUUUUUUUUUUUUAAUUCAUGUAAAGGUUACAUAUUUUAGCUGUAUUAUACAAACGCCUAUUCUCAGGUUGGCAGUGACAAAAGUUAGAAGGUCGUGGCUGGGAUGUGUGGGCAUUCUGUAUUGAAAACACAUGUGGAAAGUCACUGAUGAUGUGGAGAGGAGGUCUUGUUCCGAGUCUGAGACGGGCAGCCAGGUUCUAUUCCAGCAACCCGCCAAAAGCCUCUCACCAAAACUCCACACGGCCCCACGCUGAGAAGCAGAGGCGCAGACGAGUUCGGGAAGAGGGCAUCCUAUCAAGUCAACAUGGUAGUGCUGAAGAUAAAGCAGUAAACUGGAGUGAGAAGCAGAAGAUUGCUUACACAGCUCAUACACCUCCUGGGACAAAGAAAGACACUAGCUUGCCAUUCCCGUCUUCUUACAGUCCGGAGUAUGUGGAGUCCAGCUGGUAUCAGUGGUGGGAGAAAGAGGGAUUCUUCCGUCCUGAGCAACAUGAGCGGUUGUCUCACGCUGUGGAUCAGACCUUCUCUCUAUGUAUUCCUCCACCAAAUGUGACUGGUACUCUGCACCUGGGCCAUGCUCUGACUGUAGCCGUAGAAGAUGCUCUGGUUCGAUGGAGGAGGAUGCAGGGCUACAGAGUUCUGUGGGUACCUGGAUGUGACCAUGCUGGUAUUGCAACACAGACGGUGGUGGAGAGGAAACUGCUGAGGCAAGGAGGGAGGCACAGACAAGACUUCACCAGGGAAGAGUUUGUAGAAGAGGUGUGGAAGUGGAAGAAUGAGAAAGGAGAAGAGAUCUACCACCAGCUGAGGAAGCUUGGAGCUUCUCUGGACUGGAGCCGAGCCUGUUUCACUAUGGAUUCAGGGUUCAGCAGGGCUGUGACAGCAGCAUUUGUUAGAUUGUGUGACUCUGGUCUAAUUUAUCGCUCAGAGGGUUUGGUCAAUUGGAGCUGUGCUCUGGAGUCUGCUAUCUCUGACAUAGAGGUGGACUCAAAGGAGCUCUCUGGGAAGACCAUGUUGUCUGUUCCUGGUUAUGAAAACAAGGUGGAGUUUGGAACAAUGCUGAGCUUUGCGUACCCCGUGGAAGGCCACAAUAGCGAGGUCGUGGUUUCCACCACCCGUCCUGAGACUAUGCUGGGAGAUGUAGCAGUAGCUGUUCACCCCGAUGAUCCUCGAUACCAGGCUGUGCACGGGAAGCAGUGUAGACAUCCGUUCACCAACAGACUGCUGCCCAUUAUCACCGAUUCAAUGGUGGACAUGGAACUUGGAACUGGUGCAGUGAAGGUAACUCCUGCUCAUGACCACACAGACUUCCUACUCUCUCAGAGACACUCACUUCCACACGUCACUGUGAUUGCGGGGGAUGGGACAAUGACACCAUCCUGUGGACAGUGGCUAGAGGGAGUGAAGCGUUUUGAUGCCAGACAGCUUGUUGUGGAUGCUCUGGUUGAGAAGAAACUGUUCAGAGGAAAGGAAAGUCAUGCAAUGACUUUACCCAUUUGCAGCCGCUCAAGAGACAUCAUAGAACCCCUUCUGAAAAAUCAGUGGUUUGUCCGCUGUGAUGAAAUGGCCAAAAAAGCUGUGCAGGCUGUUGAGGACGGACAGCUGGAAAUCAUUCCUCACUACUACACCAAGACAUGGAAGAACUGGUUAUCCAACAUCAGUGAUUGGUGCAUAUCCAGGCAGCUCUGGUGGGGUCAUCAGAUCCCUGCCUACCAAGUGAUGCUUCCUAAUUCUGCAGGCCUACAAGAGGAGCACUGGGUUUGGGGACACACUGAGGACGAGGCCCGUCAAAGAGCUGCUGUGAAAUAUGGUGUGAAUCCAGAAGCCAUCACUUUGACUCAGGACCCAGAUGUCUUAGAUACAUGGUUUUCCUCUGGGCUGUUUCCCUUUGCUAUGCUUGGCUGGCCAGAGCAGACCGCUGACCUUCGGCGCUUCUACCCUAACUCUGUUCUGGAGACGGGCAGUGACCUCGUCUUCUUCUGGGUGGCGAGAAUGGUAAUGCUUGGAACAGAGCUGACCGGGCAGCUACCUUUUAAACAGGUCCUCUUUCACUCUCUAGUGAGAGAUAAAUAUGGCAGGAAAAUGAGUAAGUCUCUGGGAAAUGUCAUCGACCCAUUAGAUGUUAUUCAUGGAGUCUCUCUGGAGAGGCUUCAAGAGAAAGUGAAGGAGGGGAACCUUGAUCCGAGGGAGCAGGUGGUUGCCGUGGAAGCACAGAGGAAAGACUUCCCCACGGGGAUCCCUGAGUGUGGGACUGAUGCGCUGCGAUUUGCCCUUUGCUCUCACAAGAUGCAGGGAGAAGACAUUAGUCUGUCCAUCUCUCAGGUUCUGAGCUGCAGACACUUCUGUAAUAAAAUGUGGCAGACCUUGAGGUUCACACUGGGAGUGCUGGGUGACAACACAGCAACAGUAGAAGCUCUACCAAAGGUGUCUCCUCUGAGCAGCAUGGACCGGUGGAUCUGCUCCAGACUCUACAGUACAGUACUGCAGUGUGAGCGGGCCUUUGAAGCCUAUGAGCUGCACACUGUCACCUCUGCCCUGUACUCCUUCUGGGUCCAUAACCUGUGUGAUAUUUACAUGGAGUACAUGAAGCCUCUGCUGAACAAGCAGGACGAUGACGGAGCAGUACUCAGCACUGACACAGAGCACAGUGGUAAUGAGAGGCAGGCGGCUGCCACUGUUCUCUAUCACUGUGUGUCUGUCUCCUUGGCCCUGCUCUCCCCUUUCAUGCCUUUCCUCACUGAGGAGUUGUGGCAGAGACUUCAGCCAUUUGCACCUGAAGCAGCUGCCCACACCAGCCUGUGUUUACAGCCGUACCCCCGCUCGUCUCAGAUGGCACACUGGCAUUUUGCUGAGGAGGAAAGAGAUUUCCUGCUGGUCCAGGAAGUGAUCCGAGUGGCCCGCUCAUUACGAGCCCAGUGUGGUGUCACCAAAGCAAAACCAGAUAUGUGGGCAGUGUGUUCACCCAGCCAAGCCCAGGUCCUCCUUCCCUUUGGGUCAGCUAUUCAGACUUUAAGCCGCAUCUCCAGCCUCCAGAUUUACUCUUCUGACAGAGAAAACAAACCCCCCUCUGUCCACGCCACUCCUCCGCCCAAAACAAGCCUCAUUGGUGUCGUGGACCACACGUGUCAGCUACACCUUCACUUUCAAAGUGGAAUGGACAUUAGGAAACAGAUCCUGCAGCUCUGUCAGCGUAGAGACAAGCUUGUUCCAAAGUUGGACGAAGUCCUUUCCAGAGUCCAGUCUCCAGACUACCUCACCAAGGUUCCUUCACAUGUCAGGGAGCAGAUGGACAGUAAGGUGUCCGCUUUGGAGCAGGAGCUGAAAACCAUUGAGGAUCAGCUGAAAUUGCUGCAAGAGAUGGAAACAGCAGAAUAAAUGCAAGCAACAGGCAUCACCGUAAUUGUGCAGCGUGCUGGAUAAACAGCUGUUGGAUUAUUUAUAAUAUUAUCUGAGUCAAAAAUAUUAAUAUAUUUUUCAUGUAAUGGAGUUUUGCAGUCUGUAAUCACCAGCUUGCCUGCAGAUGGAGUCCUGUCAGGCUGCAGAUGUUUUGAGCGCAGUGGUACGAUGGAAGCAUCUGCAGUUUAUCUGUUGCUCCUAUACAGAAAAUAUUGUUUCCUGUGCUGACCUUUAAAAACUCUCAUUACAAAAUGUUUUUUUCUGA